GCAAGGUCGUAGCGUGUGUUUGCAAUGGAUGCACCCGUCUGUUCAAGAAGAACAUUUGCAGCUUGCGGCUUCCGUUGGCAUCGACAAAACCACAACUGUUUCUUGGAGCAACCCCACUACCAUUCCAUGUCGAAACUUUUCGACUGCUGAUUAGCCUGGUGCGGUGCUGACAGCAAAACAACACAGCUGAUGUUGGGGCGACACCGUUGGCGGCCGGGCAAGGCCAUCUUGACAAACCUCGCUGGUUGAGGUCACAUAUUGAUUGAUGCUACGUGGUUGAUCGUGAGACAAUUUUGCAGGGUCAUUGCGUGAAUUCGAAUGCGAAUGAACUGUCGUUCCGGCCUGGAAUAGAUCAUGUACGACUUCUGGGAAGCCUUGAUCGGUCGCAUUAGUACCACUGCGGGAGGCCUCGUAAAGAGUCAAUGGGCCGGCGUGAAGAACUUCCAGAAUCAGUUGUUCACCUUGGUGUCUUUGUUGGUCUUUGCCUAUUCUCUUCACCUGGUGAAGAAGCAUUUUCUCAACUUCAGCUGGAGAAAGAUGCUCCUCAUCACAGGAAUUGUCCGGACCCAGAGGAUCCCAGCAACGUUGGCAUUGUGCACCACCUAUGAUGUAGUCAGAAACCAAUACUUCUACCUGGGAGAGACGAUUCUGGAUGAGAUUCCCGCGGCCGCAAAUUUCGUCGUUGGAACCUUUAUCAUCGUAGAGAUGGCUGAUCAGGGGAAUGAGGGAUUGACCUACGGCCUUUUCACCACUGUUUCGAAUUUGGGGUUCCCGUUCUCUCGGGCCAUCGGCAAUCAGAUUUUCGGCCUCUUUCAACCCAACUUGUCGGAUAGGGAGAACUACAAGCUGGACACGAUGGAAUUCCGUCACACCGUGGCACGAUCGUUCCUGCUUAGUUAUGCCUUCUCUUUUGCGUCCUUCCUGCUGUUGGUGCUCCUGCCGUACCAGAAGCAAGAAGCACAACGGAGGAAGAGGGAAUGGUCCCGACGUCCUGCUUUUGGUUACAUCACCUGCGGUUUGCUUCUUUUGGCCUUCAUCUACUCCAUGACAGUGAAUUUCCUGACGAUGAUCCCUGAAACUGCAUGCUUGAAGCUGAUUGGUGGCAGCGGCUGCUGAGGGACCGAAGGUGAACUUGAUGCCCGAAGCUGAUACCGCUGGGACGAAGAGC